AUGUUAUUGAUGCAUUGGUCAGACGAAUUGGCGAUGAGCGCUCAACGACAUGCCAAUAGAUGCGAUUUUCGACAUAGUACCGAUCGAAUAAAUGUUGGCGAAAAUAUUUGGGCAGCACCGUAUUCCAAUUAUACGGAAGCAGUAUCACGAUGGUUUAAUGAAGUAUACGAUUCACGAUGUGAUUGUAAACAUGCUUACAAACAUUGUUGUGGACAUUAUGUCCAGGUAGUUUGGGCUGAAACAAAUUUGGUUGGUUGUGGAUAUGCAAAAUGUCGUAAUAUUUGGGGUACACAAAAUCAUGGUCAUCGACAUAUUUUUGUUUGUCAUUAUAAUCCACAAGGAAAUACGGUUUAUGUUACUAGGAAUGGUUUCUUUGCAAUUCCAGCAUUUACAUGGGCUGGUGAUAAGCCACGAUGUAGUGAUUGUCCAUCAAAUGCUCCAGCAUGCUCUCAGGGUCUUUGUUUUGCGCCAUCAUUAUCAUGGAAAGAAGUUGAUCCUGAUUUGGAUGCUAAUCAACUUGGACAAAAUUAA